UAUGAGCUAAAGUAUUUACACAAAAUGGGACUGUUGUCACACCACCAAAAAUGUAGAUUCUUUGGAGUGAUGUUGUAUUGAAACAGUAUGUACUAUACACUGCUGCUAGCCAUUCAACGUCACACACACACACACCAAAGGUGAAGCCGUUCCUUAUUGUAUACUGUGAAGUUGACAGAAAACAUACCUACGCUUACGUUACACACACUUUGCAUAUACCGGCGGCGUCGGUUUCCGUGGCAACGGACAACACUGGGAGUCCCAUCUUUGAAACGGGACCUUAACGGACAAUUAUUUAAUUUAUAAGAGUUAGCGUUUCCUUUAGAGCUGUGACAAUAUUACCCAUGAAUUACCCUAAUGGACGAGGACUCGGGGUCGUCGGAUGUGGACAACACGGAAGAAAAUCAAGACGAGGACGAAGAAGCUGUAGAGAUUCGCCCUUUGGAUCACGAUAUUAUAGUCCCAGGUCUGUCUUUGCUGUGCCGAACAGGGAAUGGAUUGAGACACGCAUUUAUUAAAGUCAUCUUGAAGGACAAAAGACUAAGCGACAUCGCUGCAAUCAGCGAUUAUGUUCACCUUCGCUUCAUGGAUGUGUCCAACAACCGUAUUUCCGACCUUUCACCUCUAUCAUCCCUCACUCAGCUUCUUUGGCUCAAGAUUGACAGGAAUUACGUAACAUGCUUCCAAGGAGAAACCUUUUCUCAACUGGCCUACCUGCAGUGGCUGAGUAUGGCAGCAAACCGGCUUACUGAGGUGCAAGGUCUUGUUGGACUAGCUUUGGAAAGUCUCAAUCUUUCAGGGAAUCGUAUUGAGCGAUUAAAUGGCCUUGAGAGUUGCCUUUUUUCGAAACUGGCUACUUUGGAGCUGAGAGGAAACCGCUUGACUACAACUAGUGGGAUCAACCUUCCCAAUUUGCGGCGAUUAUAUCUGGCCCACAAUCUUAUUACAACUCUUGAGGGUAUAGAGACGUUAGAGAACCUCACCACUCUCCAUCUCCGCAACAACAAACUUGCUAAUCUAGAUGGACUCAGCGCCAACAUGAAAUGUCUCCAAUAUCUCAACGUCAGAAGCAACGACUUCCUUGAUGAGACCUGUCUACUGGCUCUUGGCCAGGUGUCUGCAACCCUGCGAGUGGUGGUUCUCUCAGAGAAUCCGCUGGACGGGACCACAGAUUACCGGCCAUAUGUCCUAACUCUCAUUCCAAAACUAGAGCGCCUUGAUAAAGAGCCUGUCUCCCUGGAGGAGAGGGCUGAGGCGUGGAAGACAAUUAAGGAACUCAAAGAGGAAACAGCCUAAAUCAAACAUUUGUAAUAGUUGCUCCACUUCCUGGAAAAUACUAGUUGGGGAUAGAUGUAUAUGUAGAAAUGCUUUGAAUCCUGCAGUAAUUGUAAGGGUUAAUCUUCAUUGUUACUUAUUUAUACGUCUCUGUGUAAUGAUGACUCAGCAAUUUUUUGGACCAUUUCCCUGUUGGCAGCUAUCCAGCCGCAUUUUUAAAGGGACAAUGCAGUAGUAUCAUAGUAGUGGUCAUACACACAGAUGGACAUUCGAGUGUUCCUGAUGACUGGAAAAUAUGAAUGUUGUUACUACAUUUGCAUACCUCAUCAUUGAGUUGUUGCUCAUUUUCCAAUUCCAUCUUAAAGGAAGUGGGUGCAGUUGUACUUGUAAUUUGACCAUAUGCAACUUAACCGGUUCUCUGAGAGAGGAAGAAUGUGCAGUUUGUGUUGGAAGGGGUCACAAACACAAUGCCUUUGGGAAUAACGUAGCUUGUUUGCCUGUCAUCAAAUUAGAGCAUCAGUUGAAGGGACAUUGGGAUUUCCUAGGCUAUACAUGUUUAAGUGAUCAUUUGAAAGAGAUGUUCAGGAACAUAGUGUUGCACCUUGAUUUCUUUUGUUUCAUUAUUAAUCUUUAUUAUAUGAAAUAUUUAACAUAAGAGUCUUACAUGCAAAUAUAAACAAUUAAUGAUAACUAAAGGUUAUUUUUGGUGAUGUAUUAUUAAUUUCAGAAUCUAAUAGUAUUUCUCAUUAAUCAGUAGCCAAGAAACUUUUUUUUUUAGGUUAGUGACCUCUGGUCCGUUAAAAGGCAACUUACGGAGAAAUGACCCCAAAAUUAAGUAACCAAAAAAAAAAACAAUAAAACAUUUUCUUCCCACCUAAAUAUCUAUACUUGUGCACUAAGUACAUCGUGUGAGUACUUGUAUUACCACUUUUCUAUUUCUGGUGUCUUUAUGGUUUACAGAAGUUACUUCCGCUUAUUGAGUGAUGACGUUUGGUGGGCGGGGUUUGAGUGCAGUUAAAUCCCCUCACUUCCGACACCCCUGUCCUCCUCUUGAACGGACGCUUUCGGCGUGGGUCAGCACCGAACCAACGACACCGGGAAGUCGAAGCGUUAAAUUACUGAAUACCAGUAACACAUUUCAUUAAGCAACUCCGACGCUCACAAGGAAGACAAACCCAACCAUGCCCGACAAAGCAACUAU